UGUGCCUUGUUUUGGCAGACGUCGACCACCACGGACUGAACGACUACUCGGUGCUAAGUAAUCGUAUACCAGAGCCGUGACACUCAUUCGUAUCAUGUCGACCGACCCAUAUCAUACAGUCCAGCAGGAGAUCCAAUCUUCGCUCCAGACGGCGUCGACAUUACGCUCUUCGUUCCUGCGAAUCCGCAGCCUCGCUCGGGAAGGGAGUGAAGAGCUCGUAUUGGCCCGAAACGAAUUGAAAGCUACGCUUGCCGCUCUGGAAACAGACUUGGAGGCUUUGGAAGACAGCGUCACGAUGGUGGAGGACACGGGACCUAGAUAUUUUGGACUGGAUGAUGCAGAGGUCUCUGAGCGGCGGAAAUAUGUGGGUCGUAUACGUCGUGAAAUCGAGGGUAUGAGGGCGGACGUCGAAGGGCGAAAUUUGCCAUCUGCAGGGAAAUCACCAUCAACUCCCCUUCAGUCACAAUCAUCGCUGCCCAGUGGUUCACGGUCUCCGUUAAAACAAGUACCUAGCUCGCAAUCAGGAGAGCAUGAUGAUGAGCAGGCAAAGUGGGCUCAGGAAGAACAACAAUUGUUACUUCAGGAGCAAGACCGUACCAUGGAUUCAAUAUCAGGAACCUUGAAUACCCUUGCCCAACAAGCGGGCCUGAUGGGGCAUGAGAUUGGCGAGCACGUUGAAAUGCUUGACGAUCUUGAGGCAAAUGUAGAGCGGACAGAUUCCAAGCUAUCGAAUGCAAUGCGAAGGAUGAAGAAAUUUGUACGAGACACAGAAGAAACAAAGUCAGGGUGGUGUAUAACUAUCCUAGUGGUGGUGCUGCUUGCUUUAUUAUUGGCGGUUAUUCUCUUGUAGGAGCCGCGGGAUUUCCGCACGAUACCCUAGUCUUACCCUGCUGAUCACUGCGACAUCCUUGCUGGCGGAAGUUCA